CAUCAAACCCUUUUUUCUCUCAUUUUCUUUCUGACCUUCUCUUAAUACUCUCUCUCUCUCUACCUCAUUUUCUCAACCCAAAACGACGCCCAAAGGCCCCCCACCCCACCGCCCUUUUCUGUCUUCCUCCGCCGGAAUAUUCCUCUUCCACCAAUAUAACAUUCCUUAAUUUACAUCUUCCUUUCCAUUUCACGCGGACAUCGAUGUUUUUGUAUCUAUUGUUAUAACAAUUAAGGUUUUCUUUUUUUUCCUCUUUUUUUUUUUUGGAUUUUUCCAAUUUUAUCUGAGAUAAAGCUUCGAUCUAUCGGGUUCUUUGCCGGAUCUGUGCUUAGAAGUAGGGGGUUUUCUUCGAAAGUUGGUAGAUGUCUAUGCCGUCGUCGUACUGGUGUUACAGAUGCAAUGGAUUCGUUCGGGUCUGGAAUCAGGAUUCGGUCACUUGCCCCGAUUGCAACGGCGGGUUUGUCGAAGAGAUCGAGACUCCGAUUCGAUCCUCACUUUCCGAUUCUCGGCGCCGCCGUUUCCCCGCUGCGGCGAUGUACAUGAUGAGGCAUCCUGAUUCAGGUCAAGGUACGACUUCCGGUUCGGGUUCGGGUUCUAGCCCUGCCUUGCGGAGAAGCAGGAGGAGCGGCGGUGACAGGUCUCCGUUUAAUCCGGUGAUAGUUCUUAGAGGGCCGGCUGAUGGUGGGGGCGGAGGAGGAACCGGCGGCGGGGGUGCGGGUGGGGUUGGGGUUGGUGGUGGAUUCGAGUUGUACUAUGAUGAUGGCGCUGGUUCCGGUUUGAGGCCAUUACCCGCCAGCAUGUCGGAGUUUUUACGCGGGUCGGGUUUCGACCGUCUGCUGGACCAAUUAGCUCAGAUUGAAGCGAAUGGAAUUGGAAGAAUCGACAAUCCGCCGGCUUCAAAAGCAGCGAUUGAAUCAAUGCCCACAAUUGAGAUCGAUCAGAGCCAUAUGCACACUGAAUCCCACUGUGCUGUUUGCAAAGAAGCCUUCGAAUUGGGUUGUGAGGCCCGGGAAAUGCCCUGCAAGCAUAUAUACCACUCAGACUGCAUCCUUCCAUGGCUUACUCUGCGAAACUCUUGCCCAGUUUGUAGACAUGAAUUGCCCACGGAUAAUGCUCGUGAUGUUGCAGAACCAAACGGAAUAUCUAACAAUGAGCAGAAUCAUAAUGGUGUUGCCGUCGGAAAUGAUGAAGAAACGGUUGGUCUGACCAUUUGGCGAUUGCCUGGUGGUGGGUUUGCUGUGGGGAGAUUUGCUGGCGGGAGAAGAAACGGGGAGAGAGAGCUUCCGGUGGUGUAUACGGAAAUGGAUGGUGGCUUUAAUAACAAUGGAGUUCCAAGGAGAAUAUCUUGGGGUUCAAGAGGAGUUGUUUCACGGCAAAGCCGGGGUUUGAGGAGAGCUUUUCAGAGCUUGUUUUCAUGUUUUGGUGGUGGUGGAUCAUCUGGGUCGAGUUCGAGUUCAGAUUCAAGGAUAACCCGGGGAAGUAGUUCAAUUUCAUCUGUAUUUAGUGCCGGACCGACAAGGCGGAGGUACUGGGCGUUUGAUAUUAAUGGUGGAAAUCGGAGAUGGUAAAUUGUUGAGCUUAAUCGUUUGAUCAUUUGAAUUUCUUGAGAAAACACGGUCUAGUUUUACUGCAGAAUGAAUUUGUAAAUAGCAAAACAUGAUGGCAUGAAGGCUUUUUCAAUUUUAUCCAUUCUUUCUUCCCAAAGAUUGUAAGUGUUGAUUUUUAAUAAAAAUCAGUAUUGAUUUAUUUUGGGAAGAAGUUACAAUGUUGGAGGAAGAGUAAAUAAGAUUGGCUUAUGGGUCGAAGUAGCCAAAUGUUACACAUUUAAGGAAGUCAUUGGCAUUCCCUGAUAUGUUUCUGCUUCUGCUGAGUUGUCGUCUUUCUGUGAUUUUUGCCUGAAAUACUCAGGAGGAACAUGAUUCCAGCACAGUAUGAUAAUUCCUCUUAGGUGGUAAUGGAUCUUCUUGUAUCAUGUGAUUCCUUCUUGUAUCAUGUGAUUCCUUCUUGUUAUUUAUUCAAACUAUGAUUAAAAACGGAUACAUUUUAAGUAACAACUCCAAAUCAAGAAGUUGGCGAGCCCGUUUUAUUGCAGAAAGUGAUUCAAUAUUUCCAUACCUCAAUGCGGCUACUCUUUGGAAAAAUUGCACCUCCUGUGUGUGCCGAAAUCUAUAAUAUUGUUCUGCC